CAGGUUCAUCAAGCCAUACUUUCUUUAUUGCCUUUCUAAUGUUAUAUUAGACAGGUGUAAAGAUCUCUGGAUGUAUUCUGCUGUUCAGCAGCUGCUCAGGAUUGCUGAGUAAUAGUUCUGGCAGUAUCCAAAACUUUUCAAAGCUCAGCAAUGAAAAUCAGAGCUUUCAUAAGCAGAGCAAUGAUGUCUGAUGGUGAAACACAGUGAUCAUAUUCUUCUAGAGCUUCUGUGCAGCUUUUCUUUUUAAUGCUCUGUUCUCCAUCUCCAUGGUGGCCACGGAAAAAAUUGACUUACACUGAAAUAAGGAAGAUUCAAAUUACACUGCAGAAAAAAACUUCCUCUGGGCAUGGAUAGCAAAAAAGGUAGAUUGCUUGGAGAUGGUGUGGCACCAUCAUCUUGGAGGUCUGUAAGACCUGGUUAGACAAGCAUGCCAGAGCUGAUCUUCCCUGGGGACAGCAGGGUGAAGCAGAGAACUUCUCUGCCUAUUUUUCUACAGUUUUGUUAACUUUGUGCAGCUGAAGCUAGGAUUCAAAGAAGGAUUUUUCUUUAAGAAAUGCCUGAGAGCACUACAGUGUUUGGCCUCAGGCAAUCAGCAGAAGAGCCAACCUGCUCUGCAGAAAGACACUCCGCAAAAGAAUAAGAAAGUUUACACAACAAAUACUGAUUUCUUGUCAGUGUAUGAACCUCAGUUUAACCACAUGUGGAAGUAUGACCGAUGUUACUCUCAGCCUAGCUGCUCAAGGGUAAAGUACUACUUUUCCAGGAACAUUCCCCAUCCUAGGAUGGUCUGUCACAUGCCAGGAUUAAACAAUGCUCUGGUCUGUGUUGUAAGAAGCAGCUUUUCAAGAGAAUACCCAUCUGCUGGCAACAAAGUCAUCCUCAACCAAGAAGCUGAUCAAGAACAUGUGCUAACUAGGAAUGCCACAAGCAACGUGUCUGCCAACUGCUACCUUCCAAAGCUCGAGGGCUUCAUGCGAAGGGAGCUAGGCACUCCACAGUCCAUGACACAAGGAUGUGCAGAAGUUCCUGGAAGGAUUCAAAAUAACCCUUCUUCACCUGAAAAGCUUUUGAAAAAACAAUUCCAAGCCUCUGCACAACCUGCAAAUAGAGAGGGAAACCACGUCAUGUCUCUCACCCAGCCCUCCACUCCACUCAUCAACUUGGAUUACAGUCCUUGCAUCCAGAAUAAUGUGAAUUCUGACUCGAGCUACCUGGAUCAGAAAAUAAAGGUGCUGGAAAAACUGAGCGAAAUUUUGCAGACAGAUUCACUUACCGAGAUCCAAAAAUGGUUCGCAAGGGCAAGUAAAAAAGAGAAAGACUUUGUGUCCAGUCUGAUAUAUUCAGAACUGACUGACAAAGCCAUGCUGAAUUCUAAGGAAGGUACAGCAGAGAACAUGAAUAGCCAGAGUCUGCUAAAGCCCCUCCCUACUCUUCAGAAAGUUCCAGGAGGGGAAAUGAAUCAGUCCAGGUCUUCGGCUAAAGAAUCAGUGGCAAGUCGAAAUGUGAAACAGAAAAGGGAGAAAGAAUGUAAUUUGCUUUCAAGGCUGAGGAACAGAGGUCCAGCACAAGCAGACACACUGCUCCCAGGGAAGAACUCCAACUGAGAAAGUGCUAUGGAAUCAAGAGACCAUCCUGCCUUCACACUCUUAUCAGAAGUCUGACCUGUGCCACAGCCACCCCAAACAACAGAUAUCCCCCUUUCCAGUGGAGCCCCCCCUAUUCAGAGCCACUGAAGCAUCUCCCAGUCACCAUCACAUACAGAAAUAUAUAUUCUUAGCAGUUAUAUUAUAAAGAUAUCUGUUCAGACUCCCUGUUAAAAUAAUUUUAUGCUCAUUAUAUUUAGUCCUCAAGCAAUUCAACCAAACCAUGCUGCAGAGGUGCACGAGAAGUGAGCUAAAUGAAAAAAAGGACAGAGGCAACACUUUUUGGCACCAGAUUCAUUGUUUUGUGUGACUCAGCCAGGCCUGCACAAAGAGCUCUUGUGUGCAGACUUCACUCUACAGUCACAGACAUACUGGGGUAAGAAGAGGGGCACACACACAUUAUCUGCAGAGAUGCACAUCAAGCCCUAGGCACUGGAAGAAAAAAGACCCUGGAUUUUCAAAAUCUGGCCUGCAGACUCACUGCAGAUGUCUGCCUCACAGCAAGCUAAAAUUUGCUUCCAUAGCUCUCAUUAUUAGCAGAGAAGAAUCACAAAUUGUAGUAUCCAA